AUGUUCGACGAGGCGGUUGUAUUCUUCACCGAUGUUGCCGAUAACGGAAUCUCCCUACUCACUCGCAAGGGAAGCGAAGUGGUCCAACGCGGAAGAGAUGAUGGUCCGAUCCCGUUAGAACUUUGGAACAACAACGACGUCAGUCAAGCAAAAUCUCUGAUUGAGGAUGAUGUGGUCCAUUUCAUUAUGGAACUGUCCCCAGCCGUUCUUCUGAGCGCUUCUGGGUUCAAUCUUGGCGCUAAAAUCACCGACGAUGACCUUGAAGAAAGUGUGGUCUUCCCUGUAGAGCCUCUCCGAGCUUUCGUACGAAUCGAUGUUCACGACCAAGUGACGACGAUUGACGAGGACACCUGUGCCGCUCUGCUGUCGCAUGUUCCAAGAAGCAGUUCUUCCGGUCUCAAAUGCAGCGUGCAGCGAGCUAUACCUUCCGUCUCGGCCAGUUCGAUGACGUCGUAA